AUGGCACCGUCAGCCAACAGUCACCCCUCCACUCGUGCAUUGCAUGCCGAUGAUCCGCUACAUCUGGUGACUGAUGUUGCGCCCCCGAUUCAUUUAUCUACCACAUUCAGAUUCCCCAGCAAUCCAGAAGACUUGGUCCCAUCCGUGGACCCUGUUGUAGGUAUUCUCUCCCUAGUCCUUCAAACACGUCUAAAGCCUUUCCCCUUCCAGGAUGAGUUUGAAGGAAAGAAUUUUGUAUACUCCCGGGAAUUUGCGCCAAAUGCAACCCGAUUCGAAGCCAUUCUUUCAUCCCUCUUAGGUGGCCAAGCCAUAUGCUAUGCCACAGGUUUGGCUGCGUUGCACGCUGCACUGGUCCUUAUGAAUCCCCGCCGUAUAUCAGUGGGCGAAGGCUACCACGGUAGCCAUGAAGUGAUCAGCGUUAUAUCUCGACUGUCGGGGUUGCAGAAACUUGACCUCGACUGCCCGACCGACAGCCUCGAGGAGGGGGAUGUCAUCCUGCUCGAAACUCCCGUCAACCCGCUGGGAACCGCAUUCAGCAUCGAGGAAUACGCCCAAAAAGCCCAUUCGAGAGGGGCAUACCUCAUUGUCGACAGCACGUUCGCGCCGCCAGGCCUUCAAGACCCGUUCCUAUGGGGAGCAGAUAUCGUCAUGCAUUCCGGAUCAAAGUAUUUCGGCGGCCACAGUGACAUGUUAUGCGGGGUACUGGCGACCAAGCGCCCAGACUGGAGUAAACAGCUUUUCAAGGACCGACUAGCCAUUGGCAACGUCAUCGGGAACCUGGAGAGUUGGCUUGGGGUGCGGAGUCUGCGAACGCUAGAAGUUCGAGUGCAACGGGCCAGCCAGAACUCCGGUAAUCUGGUGUCAUGGCUGCAGUGUGCGCUGACGGUACCCUCACCUGCUCCGGGAAGUGCCGAGGCGAUCAUCCAGACAGUUCUUCAGAAAAUCCACCAUGCCAGUCUCCAGGAUGAACCCUGGUUACGGAAGCAGAUGCCAAACGGGUUUGGACCGGUGUUCGCCAUCAGUAUGCUGAAGGAAGAGUACGCCCGGGUGUUGCCCAGCAAGCUGGCCUUCUUUCAGCAUGCAACGAGUCUCGGCGGUGUCGAGUCUCUGAUCGAAUGGCGCGCGUUAUCGGAUUCGCGAGUGGAUCGAAAGUUACUGAGACUCAGCGUCGGAUUGGAGCAUUGGGAGGACUUGAAGAAUGACUUGCUGCAGGCGUUUAAGGCUCUCGCAGAGCAAAAAUAA